GCCUCCAGAGCCCAGCAGGGAAGUUAGGAGGGAGGGUGAGGGUGGUGGUGGGGAGCUCUGGAUUUGCAGCUCAAGACCUGCCUCUGCCUGUUAAACACAUGCCCUGAGCAAAUCACUGUGCCUCAAGUUACCCAUCUGUGGAAGGGGAAUAAUAUGAUGUCUACCACCACCCAAGGUUGAGGAGGGCGGAAAAUGAGGUAAGCACCCGUGUUGGUGUUAGUCGGACCCUUGUCCUCAUGGUCAUCCACACUCUCCACUGACCCGUCCUGUAUUGUGUGACGCUACUUGGUACCAGGCCCUGAGGAUGCAGGGGAAACCAAGGCACACCUGGGGCUCUUCCUGGAACCUACCAGCCUGCCCUGCCCGCCUCCCGCCUCCUCUCUGCAGGAACCCUGCUGGACAGUUCUGGAAGACUCAGCCUCUUUCCCCUCCAAGGGCCUUUGUGCUUGUUGGCUCCACACCCCCUAAGCACCCCCUUUUCCUAAAGGACACCUUCCGUGCUUCUGCCAGCCUGGAGCCACCUCAACCUCUCCUCGAUGUCUGCGUUUUUCACUCGAGUCCUGGGUAAGGGCGGUCAUAGAGCUAACCUAACCUCUCUGUGCCUCAGUUUCCUUACGUGGAAACUGGGAACCACAAGGGUCCCACCUCCUGGGGGUUGUUAUGGAACAAAUGAGAGAGGGCACCAAAGCCCCCAAACCGUACCUGGUACCCAGCAAAGGCUGUGUACACGCUGCUCUCAUUAUUUUGUGGUCCUGGCUAUCAGACUGCGGGGUCCCAAGGGCGACCCCCCCCCCCGGCGCGUGUAAGCCACUCAGCCGCUCCCCCACCUGCAUGGGCGCCUUGGGGGGUGGGGGUGGGGGUCGCAUCUUUGGUGCUGGCACUACCCAACUAGGGAAGUGGCACUAUCACUGUGUCACAGAAAGCCUGGCACACAGUAGGCACUCAAGAAAUGGCCAGUUGACACCAGGAAGCCUGUGGCCCGAUCAACGCACGCUCACGCCCUCCCUCCCCCCUCCCACACAACGCGGCGGAAUGCUCGGGCUGCCCACAUGGUCUUUAAGGGUGUAUCUGCUUCCAACGACACCCAUUUCCACAACAAAGAAGCUCGCCUCCGUGGGACCACCUCCCCUCGGCGCAACCGGGAGCAGCACUGGGCGAGGAACCUGCUGUCCCCCAGGGCUGCCCCGAGUCCAAGCUCAGAAGCUGUCCGCGAGUCCCGUAAAAGCAACAGAGGCGGCCAGCAGAGCGCGAUCCGGUGCGGCGCCCCUUCGCCCGGCCGAGGGCACUCCUUUUCGUGUCCUUCCACCGUUCCCGGGCGGCGUCCGGGCGGCUCACCGGGGGCGGCGACGCGACUGCGGUGCGGGCGGCGAGGCUCCGGGGCUAUGAGGUGAGGGCGACCGGGCACCGGAGGCAGCAGCAGCGCGGCGCCAGGACCCAGGACGCGAGCCCCGAGUCUGGCGGCUGCCUCUGGGACCCCGCGGCCGCGCGAGAGGCGAGGAGAGAACGUUGAAAUUAUUCUCUAAGCUAUCUGAAGAGAGUGACUAAAUGCACCUGGGUCAGGCUGUCUGUGGGUAUGAAGUGGUUGGGAGAAUCCAAGAACAUGGUGGUGAAUGGCAGGAGAAAUGGAGGCAAGUUGUCUAAUGACCAUCAGCAGAAUCAAUCAAAAUUACAGCACACGGGGAAGGACACCGUGAAGGCGGGCAAAAACGCAGUCGAGAGGAGGUCAAGCCGAUGUAAUGGUAAUUCAGGAUUUGAAGGACAGAGUCGAUAUGUACCAUCUUCUGGAAUGUCUGCCAAGGAGCUCUGUGAAAACGAUGACUUAGCCACCAGUUUGGUUCUUGAUCCCUAUUUAGGUUUUCAAACGCACAAAAUGAAUACUAGCGCCUUUCCUUCGAGGAGCUCAAGGCAUUUUUCAAAAUCUGACAGUUUUCCUCACAACAACCCUGUGAGAUUUCGACCUAUUAAAGGAAGGCAAGAAGAACUAAAGGAAGUCAUUGAACGUUUUAAGAAAGAUGAGCACUUGGAAAAAGCCUUCAAAUGUUUGACUUCAGGCGAAUGGGCACGGCACUAUUUCCUGAACAAAAACAAAAUGCAGGAAAAAUUAUUCAAGGAACAUGUGUUCAUUUACUUGCGAAUGUUUGCAACUGACAGUGGAUUCGAAAUAUUGCCUUGUAAUAGAUACUCAUCAGAACAAAAUGGAGCCAAAAUAGUUGCAACAAAAGAGUGGAAACGAAAUGACAAAAUAGAAUUACUGGUGGGUUGUAUUGCCGAACUUUCAGAAAUUGAGGAGAACAUGCUACUUAGACAUGGAGAAAACGACUUCAGUGUCAUGUAUUCCACAAGGAAAAACUGUGCUCAGCUCUGGCUUGGUCCUGCUGCAUUUAUAAACCAUGAUUGCAGACCUAACUGUAAGUUUGUGUCAACUGGUCGCGAUACAGCAUGUGUGAAGGCUCUGAGAGAUAUUGAACCUGGAGAAGAAAUAUCUUGUUACUAUGGAGAUGGGUUUUUUGGAGAGAAUAAUGAGUUCUGCGAGUGCUACACGUGUGAAAGACGGGGAACUGGUGCUUUUAAAUCCAGAGUGGGACUGCCUGCGCCUGCUCCUGUUAUCAAUAGCAAAUAUGGACUCAGAGAAACAGAUAAACGUUUAAAUAGGCUUAAAAAGUUAGGUGACAGCAGCAAAAAUUCAGACAGUCAAUCUGUCAGCUCUAACACUGACGCUGAUACCACUCAGGAAAAAAACAAUGCAACUUCUAGCCGAAAAUCAGUUGGUGUGAAAAAGACCAGCAAGAGCAGAACAUUAACUAGGCAAUCUCUGUCAAGAAUUCCAGCUUCUUCCAACUCUACCUCAUCUAAGCUAACUCAUAUAAAUAAUUCCAGGGUACCAAAGAAACUGAAAAAGCCUGCAAAGCCUUUACUCUCUAAGAUAAAACUAAGAAAUCACUGCAAACGGCUGGAGCCGAAGAGUGCUUCGCGAAAACUCGAGAUGGGAAACUUAGUACUUAAAGAGCCUAAAGUCGUUCUGUAUAAAAAUUUGCCCAUUAAAAAAGAAAAGGAGCCGGAGGGACCAGUACAGGCCGCCGUGGCUAGUGGGUGCUUAACGAGACACGCAGCGAGAGAGCACAAGCAGAACUCGGGGCGAGGUGUGCCCCCACAGGGGGAGGCUGCCGCCGGCAUGUACACCACCAGACGGUCCGUGCGGACGAAAGUGAACUUGAAGGAGACCUCUGACAUCAAGCUUGAACCAAAUACGUCGGAUGGCUAUAAAAACGGCUUGUCGGAACCUUGCCCAGACAGUGGCGAGCAGCCUACUCCUGUGACAGAGGAGGAAGAACUAGCUCAUGAAAGUGCACAAAAGGAGGAAGCCGAGUGCCCUAAGAGUGACAGCAGCAUUGCAAAAAAGAAGGCACGACAAGGAAAACUUGUGAAACAGUUGGCAAAAGCAGAGGAAUCCACUCCGCUGCAUGAUAGCCCCGGGCAAACCGGUGAGGUGCCCGAUGUGACAGGGUCCCACCCUGACCCGGGCGAGCACAGUGGCACGGAGGGUGUGCCCGGGAGCUACGUGGACUGGGCCCCUUCGCCUGUCGAUGGGUCAGUGGUGACAUCAGACAGCUUCAAAACAAAAGACAGCUUCAGAACUGCAAAAAGUAAAAAGAAGAGGCGAAUCACAAGGUAUGAUGCACAGUUAAUCCUGGAAAAUAACUCUGGGAUCCCCAAAUUGACUCUCCGUAGGCGCCAUGAUAGCAGUAGCAAGACAAAUGACCAAGAGAAUGAUGGAAUGAAUUCUUCAAAAAUAAGCAUCAAGUUAAGUAAAGACCAUGAAAACGACAACAAUCUCUAUGUAGCAAAGCUUAACAAUGGGUUUAACUCAGGAUCAGGCAGUAGCUCUACGAAACUGAAAAUCCAGCUGAAGCGAGACGAGGAGAGCAGGGGGUCGUAUGCAGAGGGGCUUCAUGAAAACGGGGUGUGCUGCAGUGACCCGCUCUCUCUCCUGGAGUCGCGCAUGGAAGUCGAUGACUAUAGUCAGUAUGGGGAAGAGAGUACCGAUGACCCGUCCUCUUCGGAGGGAGACGGGGAGGAGGAUGACUAUGAUGAUGACUUUGAAGAUGAUUUUAUUCCUCUCCCUCCAGCUAAGCGCCUGAGGCUCAUAGUGGGGAAAGACUCGAUAGAUAUUGACAUUUCUUCCAGGAGAAGAGAAGAUCAGUCUUUGAGGCUUAACGCAUAAGCUCUUGGUCUUCAUUUGGCCCGGGGUAACUACUUUAAAGAAAUAAAAAAAUUCCAGUCCAUUAUUCCUCAACUGAAACAUGUUAGCAGCAGCACUUCUCGUUUCUUCACUUAUCAGCAUAAUACUGUAGAAAGUGUACAGCGUACUGACUCUCCUUAAGUCUGAUUUGUGCAGAUUUUUAUUGUACUUUUUAAAUAGCCUUCUUACGUGCAAUUCUGAGUUAGAGGUAAAAGCCCUGUUGUAAAUUAAAGGCUCAAGCAAACUGUACAGUGAUUGCAACUGUCCACACAGGACGUCGAAAACAAUGUGGCUACACAAUUUUUUUUAACCUUAAGAGCAUCAAGUGGCUCUUUAAUAUAUGACUAAAUAAUUUAAAACAAAUCAUAGUGACAGCAUAUUAAGGUUUUCUAGUAUAUGCUAAUAUCACCAGCAAUGAUCUUUGGCUUUUUGAUUUACUCGCUAGAUGUUCCCGCCUUGAAGUUUUGUCAGUUUCACACUGUUUGUGGCCUUGGUUAAAUAGCAAACCAUCGGUUGGGAGUCUGAUUGGUUUCUUUAAAAAAAAAAAAAAAAAAGUACAAUUACAUGCGUGACAGCUGACUUCAGUACGUUACAUGUACGAGGGUGGCAGUGUGCAGGAUGAGUUUCGAUCCAGCGUAUUUAUUGCUUGUCAUGUAAAUUAAAGACCUUGUAUUUAACACUUUUCAAUCCUUUUAGAUAAAAUUGUUCUUUGCAAGAAUGAUUGGUGCUUAUUUUUUCAAAAAAUUGCUGUGAACAAUGUGAUGACAACAAGCAACAUUUAUCUAAUGAACUACAGCUAUCUUAAUUUGGGUCUUCGAGUUUUCUGUUGCACUUGUAAAAUGCUACAAGGAAUAUUAAAAAACUAUUCACUUUAACUUAUAAUAGUUUAUGAAAUAAAAAACAUGAGUCACAGCUUUUGUUCUGUGGUAACCUAUAAAAAUGUUGUCUUUGAAAUUCAAUGUAAAGAACUGAAAACAAUGUACAUGUUGUAAAUAUUUGUGUGUUGUGAGAAAUUUUUGUCAUAAGAAAUUAAAAAGAACUUACCAGGAAGGUUUUUAAGUUUAGAAAUAUUCAUGCCAAUAAAAUAGGAGAUUAUAAAUAUAUAGUUUUAAGCACUGCAUCAGUGGGCGUUCUUGGCUUAUGUUAGUUUAUGUAUGAAAAUAUCAGAGUUUUUGACUAUAUUAUCAAUUAAACAAAAGAAGAGUCAGAUUUAAUUUGUUUUUUUGAAGCACUUUGAGAAGAGAAAUUAAUUUUAAGUAACUUAAUGAGCAAAAUUUCGAUUACUACUUUAUGUUCAGUACCGAUCGGUUCAUUUCUCUGGAUUAUUUUACAAAUCAUUGGACAAAGAAUUGGGGGAGAUAAAUCUGUAACAGGUGUUGGAUGCCAGUGGGACUCUUGUAUCUGGGAGAUGUGUACAUGUACUUGCAGAUAUACAGUGUUCCUCAGUAAAGCUGAGUUAGGGGAUUCGUGUAGUGUCUGUAGAAAAGUAGCCCAUGUUUGAAAAUAUUAGAAGGAAUCUGCAGGUAACGAGAAGUCCAGUGGAGAAAACCCCUGUGCUUACUGUAAUUGCUAAUUGAGUCCUGCCCGUUUCCAGGUCCUGGGACAGCCUUUAAAUUAAGUUCCGUAACACUGAUGCCAGUGGGUUUCAAGUAGAAAUUCAUAGUUUUCAUGCAAGUGUUUUAAAUUGAGAAAUUUUCCCCUUCUGUUCCUCAGCGACUCCUGUAGUCUUGUAUCGUCAUUCUUGUUUGUUACGGUGCAGUUUCAUCCCUCAGGGUAUUAUUGGUGUGGAGGCACGUGGUGGACUCCUCGCGCACACACACGCCCGCUUUGCUCCGUCUAGUCCUCACCUCGCAAAGCAGGGCAGCCCCCAAGGUCUGUACCAGGCACUCGGAGCACUUUACAGACAGAGCGUCCAGGCCUCACGGUGUCCCUGUGCGGGACUCGUGAGACCCACGCCACUAAGGAAAGUCAAGCUUAGACCCUGUGUCUGGAAAGUACCAGAGAGCAGAGGGUCAUCUCUUGUUCCCACCUUCGUUUGGAGUGCCCUGUAGAGGGUCAGAGACCACACCUGAACUGGUUCUCGGGAUACCAACAGUAACCAUUUCAGGAAUUUCAAUCUUAAGGAAAAAAGUAAUAAGAGAUCACAUUGCCCACUUCUCUCCAUUUAUAAGCUUCAUUUCAGUAACUUAUUGAUAAGGUUUGUUUUAACUUGAUGGCGGCCUUGCCCUUGAGGCCGACCUUCCCGUGGGUCUGAGCAGUGCCGCUCGGUAGCGGUCACUGCCUCGGGAGUCUGGUGUGCACAAGCGCUCGGCAACCACUGCUGACGCCUUCCAGGGAAACUGAAUUUCCGUUUUUAAAGCUAGGGGCCUCAGAGCUGUGUGGAGGGCGAGCCCCACACACUGGUGACCACUCAGAAGAGGUCAAUAAAACUUUUCACUCAAUAAAACUUGCAGCUUGAGCUUAUGCAAUGACUGGUAAAGACUUUGGCAUUGUAAGAAUUAGGAAAUGAUCAUAGAAAUAUAUGUAAAGUAUUCAAUUUUCAGUCAUUUUUCAAACUACUGUUUUAAAUUGUUUUUGCUGAGUUGUAAUACUUUUGAGAUACAAUGUAUUCCUUGUACUGAAAGAAUGAAAAAAGGACUUUUUCAGCAUUUGAGGUAAGUUCUUUAACGUUUCAUUAAAAACAUUUUUUACAAAUAUUUUGUACAUGCACUUGCAGUAUUGAGGUUAAUCAUUUUAAUAAAUUCGGAAAUUAAAA